AUGGCUUCCAACGGUAGCUUGAUGUCGCCAGGGUCUGGCGGUGACUCGGAGGUUCUUUCCAGGAUACACCAGGCGCUCGAGGUCAUCCAUAGCCCAUUCUCGACCAACGAUGAUCGUAGGCAAGCCCAGGCCUUCCUCGAGGAGGUCAAGGACUACAGCCAAGCUCCGAUGACAGGCUACAACCUGGCCUCCGACAAGUCGCAAGCCCCCGUCGUCCGACACUACGCCCUCUCUUUGCUCGAGCAUGCGAUCCGAUACAAGUGGUCUACGUACAGUGAAGAUCAGACAGAAGCUGUGCGCCAAUGGGUCUUGAGUCUUGGCCAGGCCGUCGCAAAGGAAGAUCCGGCAUACAUACGGAACAAGGUAGCUCAGCUCUGGGUUGAGGUCGCCAAGAGAUGCUGGGGUGCUGAAUGGAUGGACAUGGACUAUCUGCUGUAUCAGUUGUGGGAUAUUCCUGAUUCGGCUGUCCACAAGGAACUUGUCAUGUUUGUGCUCGAGAACCUCUCUGACGAGGUAUUCACUGGAGACGACUCAGUGGUAGCCAUGCGAGAAGGUGUCCUUAGCAAGGCCUGUGUUGAGAUCUUCACUCCUACCGAAGUGCUGGUCGAUGCAUUUCCCAAUCGACAAUCCGGUCCACGUGUGCGGUAUCUUGAUGAUGGCUGGCUGAGUCGACUAUCUCAAUUUCUUGGUCACUGUCUAAACUCGGCACCCAGUGAUAACGAAGAGGUCAAGCUAUGCAUUCACAAGGGCCUAUCGGUGCUGCUCUCUCUCAUGCCCUGGGCGAUUCCAAAGGCAGUAUCUCAUGCGCGCUGUGUCGAAGUCUUGUGCGCCGGUCUCGCCUCGUCACAUGUCACCAUUCAGAAGGCUGCGCUAGAAGCUCUCCACGCUCUUUACUGCAGAACUAACUUCAACGAUGAGGAGUUCCGGGAGCUCGUGGCGCCCAUGUACACUCGGGAAUCAAUUGACCUAUGCAAACGACUCUUUGAAUGGUCUGCUGUAGACCCUGAGGACAUUGAUGAGGACAAGUACCAAACACUUAAGAAACUAUCAGAGAUGCUCUCAUGCCUCGGAGAUUAUUUUGACAGAAAGUACGCCAAGUUGCCUGCCGAAGCAGCCAAAGAUGAAUUCCUGGGACUUUUGGUACAGAUCGUGCAACACCAGAGCUUGAUGAUAUCUAUCCCAGUUCUUGUCACCUGGACGCGACUGCUCAGCAACCGCCUAAUUGGCCCCGGCAACCAUGUCUCCCCCUUUAUCCCGCCUCUUCUGGAGACUUGCAGUUCAAGACUGGUCCGAUAUGAGAAUCUGCCUGAAGAUACCCAGGAUUCCACUUUCCUCUACCUGUUGGAAGACACCGACACAAUUCCCGAACGACACGCUUUCUUGGGCAACUACCGUCGAUACAGUUCCCAGAUCAUCGAGGCUGUUGUCCAGCUAAAGCUGGUUGACGCAAUUUCGCACAUUCUCAACCGCACGGAAGAACUGUUACAGCAUCUCUACGACGGCCAGCCUCCCUUAGACAAGCAAAAUUACUUCAAACAUUCUAUGCCGGUCUUGCGAGUGGAUGCGCAGUUCACCGUAAUCGAAGCCACACUUAAGGGUUAUACCAAAUGGCGCAAGCAUCGCCCCCAAGAACACGAGCAGCAGGGCCCAGAGAUCGAAGCGAAUUUGGAGACAUGGUGUAACAAGAUACUCGACAUGACCUUUGAAGACCCAAUGAUCAGGAAACGAACUCUGCAGCUCCUUGUUUACUUUUCCACUACCGCUCUCAACAAGAACGCUACAUUCAUGCUCAAGGUCUUGGAGCACAUCCUGCUGACAUGGCCGGCGCUUCAACCUGAAUACCGCGCGUUCAACGAUGCUAUCAAGGAUCUGCAGGGUGAAAGCAUGGUCGAACUUCAGCGACUGGCUUCAGAGAUGCCAGACCAUCUCUUGGGUGUCUAUGACCAAAUCGAGAAUAAGGUGAACGAAAUGAUGUCAUCCGGAUCACUCGACGAGAAGCGUUCCAUUGCUUACCGAAGUUUCCUCUUUAUCAUCAUACACCGAGCGACCGGCGUUGAUGCCCAAGCCAAGAUCCACAAGCUACGCGAGUUUAUUGAUCCUGUAAAGGCGCAAUGGCAGGAUGAGAAUGUUCGAAACUCUCUCAAGUCAUACGGCAGCUUUUGCGAGCUUUUGGGGCUGGACAAGGCUCAAGCCUAUAUGGCCAACCACCGAGCUCAUGAAGUCCAAGACUGGGGUUCCCGCGAACUUGAUGCCGAGGGGCUUGCUCUUCAAAGCGAGCUCGAGGAACGACUCAAACUUCUUCCUCUCCGAUCAACCAAGAGUUUUCUAGCUUUUUCAGUUGAGAGACUCGACAAAUCUUCGGACGCAUUCAAGGCCUCAUAUGCGCUCUGGGAGGACGGGUUCUCUAACAUCCUAGCUGAUCUGCUUGAGUUCUUAAGCUUCGCGCAUGCAUGCCACAACCCUGAUAACUGGACCGGUUUGCCUAGUGAGAUGCGGUCUACAGUCAACAGAAUCCUCAGUGAUCGAUUUUGGCAAGCUGGAAUUUCUGAAGGCAGCAAGGAUGACUUCUACGCACGUGUCAUGGAUAAGAAGAACACGAUGGAAGGCCUUGCCUCCACUAUUCGUGGGUCUGUUCGAUUCGUUCGUGAAACUGCUUAUGCUAUCAUUUAUUGCAUGAGCCGUCUUGAGCGACAGUUUUACGGAUUCGAGGGACUCUCUGCACCUCUCUCUAAAGCCCUCUUUGCAGACUCAGUUUGGUUGUCCACGCACCAGCAAAGCAACUUGCUGAACUUGGUUCGAUACUUGGUUGAUGACUGUCCGGUUGAUUGCCGAGAGCAUUUCCUCCCACAACUGCUGGCUUCGUGUUUCCAACAGAUGGAUGCUAAGAUCAAUGGCGAAUGGGAAAAGAUGGAACGACAACAGCAAGUGGCUGCAGACGGAGAGGCUGGUCUUAAAGAGGAGAUGAAGUCUGAGAGUAUCCUGCGACAGGUUACGUAUACAGCAGUAUUGAUGGUGGCUGACUUCCUUGAUCCAACAAAACCCAAUGGACCGAUUGAGAAGGGAGAUGGCACUGUCGAUUCCGAUCAAGCCAAGAACUAUCCAAGUCUGCGUCGGUUCUGUCUCAUCCACCGAGAGAUUGUAGAGCCACUGCUUGUUUUCUGCACUCACGGAAUUCGCAUGCGAGAUACUCGAUGUUGCAGCAUGAUUCUUAGAUUGUUCGUGUCACUGGUCCCUGAGUUUCAUCUUGUGGAUGGCAAGUUGCCCGAGUCGGUGGUCCAAAGCCCAAUGGAAGCACAUCUUGCAUCGGACAAGUUCCCCAUCCCUUCUUCGAUCUCGUCAGCUAUUCGGGAAUACAUCUCGCUUGAUGUGCUGAAGGGUUGCAUCACGUCGUUCCAUGAGCCCUACUUUGUGGAACUUCAAAAGGACUUGGCUGCAUUGAUCGCCGCCAUUGUUGUCUACUACAGCCCCAUCACAUCAAGUCCCAGGGAUGUGCUGCUCUCAUUGCCCAAUGUCAGCAUGUCGGAUCUUGAACGACUGUCAACAUACAUGCCCAAGCCUGGUGCGCAUACUCGUCAACAGCGGGCUCUUGUGCUGGAUCUACUCAAGGAUCUCAAGGCUGUGAGCGUGUCCGAAAUGGGUAAACUUCCCAAGAGCAGUGGAUUUGGAGAAUCUAGAGGCAAGAGAAGCAACCGAAGCAAGAUGGCACAAGGGUUUAUGAGUGCUCCGCAAGCAGACCAAAACUCGACACGAGCAGGUAUGAAUGUGGCUCGUCAGGCGACACCAGACGGGUUAGAUGGAGUCUCGAAUCUAUUCGAGGGAUAG